AACACAGGGCUUGAGCGAAACAACGCCAGUUCGAGCCGCUCUAUCAGAGAGGACCGGUGUUUUUAACAAUAUGGCAACUAGGACCCUGCAGUACACGCUGGUCGGUUACGGCGAAAAUUUGGACUGGAAGCCUUUGCGUUUCGUUAAGCCCAUUCCUCGAAACAGGCAGUGCAGUGUUUGCGGACUCGUGCUCAAGAUUACCGGUCUCCUGCCGUGCGGCCACGUAGCCUGCCAUUCUUGUUACGAACAGUGCGGAGCGGACGACGGGCACGCCUGUCCGAUUGACGGGGAACACUUCCCUGAAGAAGACGUUGAGUGGAGAGACUUCCCUGCCGACAAGCUGCUACAAAGGGUGGUGAGAUGCUGGAACCAUGGAAGUGGCUGCAUGAAGGUGAUGGCUGUCUCUGAAGUCUCGAAGCACUUUCACAACGAAUGCGAGUACCACUGCACCCCAUGUCCAAGAUGCUCAGCAACGGUCCUGUGCAGCUGUAUGCGCGAGCACCUCGGAGCGAACUGCCACACCCUUAGAGUACCUGACGUAACAGAGUCUGAUAGACACUUAGUCGACGCUGUCGAAAGAGGAAGCUUUACAGACUUAGAAAGGGCACUGGAAGAGCGGGCAGGUGAAAUUAAGGCACUUCUGGAGCGAGCAUUCAGUCAUAAUGGCGCCAUUUGCGACAGCCUCACCGAGCUAUCCCAGACCAUGAACGCUUUGAAGGAAUCAGUGAGUCAAAAUGCUAGACCCGUUGGGCGAAUCAGUGAUGAAUUACAACGCAUCCUGAACGACAUCAGCACACUACAUAAGCAGCUUAACAUUAAAGUAGCAGAUGCCACAAAGCACAGCACACAACAAUUUUCCCGUUUCGUAGCUGCUGUCGAAAGCGCAAAAGAAGAUACAAAAGUAAGCAACAAAGCAGUGAUGCAGAAGGUGGAGGAAGCACUAGCACACAUGAAAAAAAAUGUAAAGCGUUGCGAGUUUUUUGUUCGUGGAGUUAAUUCACUUGAAGCCGCGGCGAUGGAAAAAGGCGACGCGAAACAGCUCAGUGGGCCUGUCUACCUGCGCGGUUACAACAUAUCGCCUGGUGUUGAGAUGAAAAAGAACGAAGAAAGUAGUGUGUCCGUUCAUAUAUGUCUUCACCUGCACAAAGGUGACCUCGACGAAGUCGUUCAGUGGCCAUUUGAGCAACAAAUAAAGCUAACUAUCCUACACCCGCUGCAAAGUGGAGACAAAGCAAUAACGGUUAAGACAUCCCGUAGUCUAAAAUACUAUGGGAAGCCAACUGAAUCUAGCAACGGAAUUGUUGAUAUUCUUCAUCAGGGUAUAGAUGUAGGCGAACUAAAGCGUGGCGGCUACGUUUGCGACGACAAGCUACGUGUUCUGUGGGAGCUUCUUUAGGGGUCACUGGAAGCCGCCGUGGACGUCCAGGAAACGUGCAAUGGAUGAACGAGUAGGAAGGGAGUGCAACGGGAUGCUACAGAGUGUUAAAUGGAGGCUGUACAAUAAAACAUUGGUUGGAACUGUUGGAAUGACAGAUGUUGACAAACACUCUACGUCUGAGACGUCACAUGUGGAUUUCUCUUUCUCUUGGAUAAAAGGCAGAUGGAGGGGCAAGUAAGCCCUAAAAGAAGAGUUCUAUAUAUUUGAAAUCACGCACCGUCUCUAUCCACGGACAAGUGAUCGUUGAAAUGCGUGGGUACGCAGCGCAUGUUUGCCAAGUGGUUGCUGCCAGUAAUCUCGCCUACGAAGUGUGCGAACACUCGCAGUUACGCAAAUACAGUUUGCAGGAUGAGUAACCAGGGAGCUAAAUAAACCUAUUUAAGACGCGAUGAUUUAUUUGCCCCACAUUUUAGUGUAGACACCAGAACAUCACUGAAGAUUUAUGCACUGUUGCAGUGUUAUCUAGAGCACACGAGCAGCACGCUCCAGAAAAACAAAAGCGCUGGUCAAGCGUCAUCGCUUUCAAAGUGCAACGCUAGCAGCGUAUUCUGAUCUGUUAUCUCGCGAGCCAAACUGAAGAAAGAACGAAGACAGGAAAGAGCGUCGCUCUUAACUAAGUUUAAUCUAGCUGUUUCAGUUUUAUAUGAAAAAUAUGACGAGGUGCGCGAAAGCGUUCGCGCACAACAAUCGGACAACGGGGUUGAAAUUACGAAAAGCACAUUUUCAUUAAAGGAUACAAUCAAAGAAUCCACGUUCUGUGCUGUGCAGAGGAACAUACGUAUCACUAAUACAAAUUUCGUGUUCUAUUCUGAUAAAACCAGCCUCUAUUAAUUAUCGUAGCAAAAUAUUUUCUCCGGUCGAAUAUGUGGAUGUCGGGAAAGCUUGGCUGACAAAUGCGGGAAACAUACAGGAAACGUGUUGCAACGUUUGUCUUGACAGAAAUCUCCUGUUCCCUUGUCCUGUCAUUCACGCAGCAGCCUUCACGUCCGUGUGAUGUAUCAAGCUUAGUUCGCGUCGUAAUGCAUCGGAAUAAGUAUGAACUAAGUUGGCCCAGCAACAAUUAGUAAUACUUUAGCAUCGUAGCCACGAAUGCACCUGAGCGCGCUACAUUGAUGAGACCAGCCGGCGCUGCCAAGCCAUGCAGCGCGCCCACCGGAGCUGGCUGCUCGCAUGCUCCACGCAGAAGGCAUGGGGUUUGUACAUGCUACGUACAUUUACAACACUGAUUAGUGUUAUCAAAAUACUUAUCGGAGUAUGACAAACAGACAUAAGACGCAUUUUUUUUAACCGACGGUUUUUAUCCUCUUGCCCUCAAUUUGGCUACCGUUUAUAUCCUCUCGACUUGCUGCGAGCCCACUUCACAUGUGUUCACUUAUGAGGAGUUGAAGCUGUCACUCAAUAAAGAAACAAUAUGUCUGA